GCGCGCGCAGAUGACAUUCAGUUGACGAGCCAAGAUGGCAUCAACUGUGUUCCGGGUGGCUUUGCAGGACUGGAGGAGCUGCGUCCGGUGGAGCUACGGGCGUCGGCAGCUGAGCCAGACCCAGAGGCCUCCUGAUAACCCCGGCUUUGUGGAGUCUGUGGAUGAAUACCAGUUUGUGGAGCGCCUGUUCCCCCCUACCAAAAUCCCAGAGCCACCAAAGCAUAAACAUUAUCCCACACCUAGUGGUUGGCAGCCUCCUAGAGAUCCCCUUCCCAACUUGCCCUACUUUGUUCGGCGCUCUCGGAUGCACAACAUCCCUGUCUACAAGCAGAUCACACAUGGCAACCGACAGAUGACCUUGAUUCGGAAGGUGGAAGGUGACAUCUGGGCUCUACAGAAGGAUGUGGAAGAAUUUUUGAGCCCACUGCUGGGAAAGACACCUAUCACCCAGGUUAAUGAGGUGACAGGUACUCUUCGAAUUAAGGGCUACUUCGAUGAGCACCUUAAAGCCUGGCUGCUUGAGAAAGGCUUCUGAGGCCUGAUGGUCAGCCCAUGUGGCAGUGCUCUCUACAGACUGGCAUCCAGAGAGGAAGUGGAUUUGAAAUGGGACACAAAGAACAGAGUUUAGUACUUAGGAUGAAAGAGCUUUGAGAGAAGGUCUUGCUCUCAUACAGGGAAAGCAGACCUGUAUGUACAAGUGUCCACUUGAGAGCUGUCCAACAUGGGAGGACAUAGCAACACUCAAGCUAACAAAGGCAGACAUUAACUGCUGUACAGAUAAUCCUCUUGUGCAUUGUGUGGAAGCAUCACCUGUCAAUAAAAAGCUGAUGGCCAGUGAA